AAGCGACUUUCUGCUUACAGAUUUGUGUAGUUGCGUACUUGAUUCAAAAGCGCAGAAGAUUGGUGAAAUUUUAAAUCUUCACAUUCACCAAACAACUCUCUUGGUAUCGUUACCAUCGACAUGUCUGGUACAUUGCAGAAUGUAAACAACCUUUGGCAAAUUGUAGACGGCUGGGAUGAUGAAGAAAUGGACGAUGAGGUGGAUAAUGUAGACUACGUCGUAGAGUACAUUGAUCCAGAGGACGAACCACCGGAAGUGCAUGAGUUUCCAAUCGUAGAGGAUGACGAAGAGGAAGUGGAGUCUAAGCAUACCGUUCAACUACACUGUGUACAGAUUGCUAACGGAGAGAUAGAAAACUCGGUUUGGUCGGCAACGCCUCCCGACAAGCCGAAUGUAUCCACAAAUGCGGGCCGCAAAAUUGCCCAAGCCAAAGCAGGUCCCCUGGGACUGGCAAAAGCGGCAAAAUCUCCAUCCGAGUGCUUAUCGCUUUUUCUUGAUGCCGAUGUUAUCGCUACGAUCACCGAACAUACCAACGAGCGUAUAAGUGUGGAAAAACAGAAUUACGCCCGACCCAGGGAUGCAAGCGACACGAACGCUGUGGAAAUAAUGGCUUAUUUGGGAAUCCUGUACAUCGCAGGCACGGUCCAAGAUGGUCGCCAAAAAAUCGAUCACCUUUUUGAGGCCAAAAAAGGCACCGGAAUGGAGGCGGUUUUUCUUACGAUGGGUAUCCAUCGAUUCACUUUCCUGAGCCGGUGCCUGCAGUUUGAUGAUCCGGCAACGACAGAAGAGGAGACGGAUACCGACAAACUGGCACCGAUCCGGGCGAUCUAUGAGCGCAUCAUUACCAACUUCCAGAAAUUCUUUCGCCCCGGUCGGUUGCUUGCAUUAGGGGAACAGUUGACACCGUUCAAGGGUGCUUGUGAAUUUCGUCAAUCUAUUCCAGCGAAACCGAGCGGUGGGCUUAAGUGCCACUUGCUAGUUGACUGCGAAAUUCCGUAUACUUGCAACAUGGAGUUAUGUGUUCCGAAUAAUCACAAACCGUAUGACUUAAGCUACGAUCCAACAGACGUUGCCAUGCGAAUGACCGAGCCCGUGCAAGGUAAACACAAGACGAUUAUUAUGUCACCCAAGUUCACCUCGCUGGAUACAAUUAAAAAGCUUCACGAUAGCCGAACAAUGCUGAUCGGAGAGGUGACGAAAUCCUGCAAGAAUAUACCUAAGCAGUUCACGGUCAGCAAAGGGCGCACCGAAAACGACACGCUGACUGCUUACCACGAAAUGGCAUCUUUGAUUUCACACAUGGUACGCAGUAAAGACCUGUUGAUUCUUAUGUCGUCCUAUCGUGAGGAAAGCUCCGACACGGACAGUAUGGACGGUGAUAAGGAGGAGUCGCCGGAUCCGAAAAUAGUUCAACUUUACAAUAGAACCAAAAACGUCGUCCAGCUGAUCCACCAAAUGUGCACCACGUACGACGUCUCAAGGAACACACGCCGAUGGCAAAUGAUCGUGUUCUUCAACCUGAUGAACAUCAGUGCCAUCAAUGCGUGGUGCAUCUAUCGUAUGAACCAUCCGGAGAGCAAUUUGGACCGGCGUGAGUUUCUGACCGAUAUGGCGCUGGAGCUAUUGCGCCCGCAGGCUCAAGUUCGACUCUACUUAAAAACAAUAACGCCACUGCUAAGGCAGCGAAUUGGAAUAUUUCUCGGCAUUGAAAAGGCUGAGUAUGAUAUUCGUCCGGUGUCUACGAAACGGGAUGGUGCACGUGGCCGUUGCUACAUGUGUGGACGGUCACGCAAUAAGACGACACGCAGUUCUUGCGACUCUUGUGGAAAAUUCGUGUGUAAUGAUCAUUAUGCUUGCAUCUGUUACGUAUGCUACGCUGGGGAUAGCGCUGUAACGAACUAAUUCGCAUUAUCAAAUAAAAUAAUACCUAAUUCCA